UUUAUUUUCGUUUCUUUUUACUUUUAUUUUUAAUUUUAUUUUACCUCAUGACGUCUUAAAUGAUUUAUAAAACCUAAAAUAAAAUUCUAGAACGUUUUUAUUACAAUUUUAUCAACAGAAUGAAACGGAAAAAUGUUAAACAAAGCAAGAAAAGGAAUCUGUGCAAUAUUUGUAACAAAAUUAUAAUUGGAUACGCUUACAAGUUCAAGAGUCAUUUGUAUCAACACAAUGCAGUUGCACCUCUCUAUGAAUGUUCUUAUUGUAUUAAACAAUUCUAUAGAAAAGACGCAUACAAACGUCACAUCGCUACUCAUACAGGUGCAACAAAAAAAUUCUUCUGCGACUACUGUGAACGAGAUUUUGUAGAUAAGAGGAAUUUGAUAGUUCAUUUACGUAUACACGACGACAGUACACUCAGCCGAAAAUAUAGUUGUAUGGCUUGCGGAGUGACAUAUUGUGAAGAACGUCUCUUAAAAUUUCAUAUACGUAAAGAGCACUUCAAUUUGAAAACCACGGCAGCUACGAAUGUACACGAAAAGAUGAAAUUGAAUGACACGUGGGUUGAAAGAGUCUCGGAAUCAGAAAUGUAUGUGCAAAUGACAAAGGUAAACAACAAUAUCAUUGUAAUUAAAAAGUGUGAUGAUGCAGUAACAAAGCAAUUGGAAGAUACUAAAGUUAAUAUAAAAGAAAGGGAUAUAACACAAGACUUUACAGCUUACGCACACUAUGUUUUGUCAAGGAACGAUAAAUCGCAGUACAGUCGAGCGAUUUGUGAUUACUGCAAGAAAGAGAUGCUAAAGAAAAGUCUUCCGUCUCACAUUAGAGAGCGGCAUUGGAAAAUACGUAAGUUUAAAUGUAAUACUUGUAACUGUAGCUUUAGUAGACAUUAUCUUUUGGUGGAUCAUGUUUGUGGAAAAGUUAAGAGAAGGAAGAAUAAUAUCAGUACAAAGAUACUGUGAGUCUUAACUUACUGUCAGUUAAAUUAAGUAUUCUUAAAUAGGAAUAUGACUGGGAAUGGUACAACACUAAUGUUAGUUACAUUAGUGUUGUAAUCUGAAAUGCACCUGUAUUUCUUUUAUUGAAGAUUUUGGCCUAUUGUCAACUGAUGGACCUGUAUCUUUACUGACCUAGAUAGAUCUAUUGUGUUCUCCCUUUUUAAGUUGUGCUGACUAGACCCGUCAUGGAUAAAAAUUGAAGCAUAUUCUGAAGAUAGCCUCUGUAAAGAAAUAACAUUCUUUUUAUAUGAUUCAUGAUCGAAUU